ACUGCAGCGACACCAUCGCAAGUGUCAGAGCCAUGAAGAUCCUGAAGCGUUUUGGCAGCACCUCGGGGCUCUGGACCAAGGAUGCUGCAGGGAACUCCGAGAAGAUCUACGUCUUCGAUGGUACUGCCAACGACACGGUGUACGUCUUCCCCCGCAUGCGGGAGCUCACCCUCUUUCCCACCCGCCAGCAAGGCUCCUUCCAGGUGAUCAAGUUCAACCUGGCCAACAAGACGGUGGUGGACAGCUCAGUGUUCCCAGCUGAGGAGCAGAUCCCUGUCUUCGGGCUCUCCCCCUUCACCUACAUCGAGGUGGCAGCAGAUGAGGAGGGGCUCUGGGCCAUCUAUGCCACCAAGGAGGACGAAAAGAACAUAUGCCUGGCCAAGCUGGACCCCACCUCGCUGGACAUCGAGCAGAUGUGGGACACGCCGUGCCCGCGGGAGAACGCCGAGGGUGCCUUUGUGGUGUGCGGGGCGCUGCACGUGGUCUACAACACCCGCCUGCCCAGCCGCUCCCGCGUGCAGUGCGUCUUCGACGUCAGCGGCACGUUGGCCCCCGAGGACGCCUCCCUUGUCUACUUCCCCAAGCGCUAUGGCUCCCACUCCAGGAUGAAGUACAGCCCCCGAGAGAGGCAGAUCUACGCCUGGGACGACGGCUACCAGAUCAUCUACCGCAUGGAGAUGAAGAAGAAGCUGGAGGUCUAAGGGGCCCCUGCAGAAACCCGGACUAAUUGAAUGAGGUUUCCUUCUCUGUGAUAUAAUGAAUAAAUACUAUGCAGC